UUAUGAGCCGAGAUGAAAACUUGUGCUGGUUUCAUGGACGGCUAUCUCGCGAGUCUGCGGAAGAAAUAUGCAAAAGUGGCGAGGAGGAUGGUACAUUCCUUGUCCGCGAAAGUAAUACUGCUGCGGGUGAUUUUGUGCUGACCUUGUUACACCAGGGCGAGGUUUGCCAUUAUCAAAUAAGACGUCAUGGGGAGGACGCGUUUUUCUCAAUUGAAGAUAAAGUAAAGAUUUUGCAUGGAUUGGACACAUUGGUUGAAUAUUACCAGCAAUCGGCCAAUGGCUUAGUAACCAAACUCACCAAGUUCAUUCGGAAGGAUCCGCCACCGAAUGAAACACGUAGUCAUGGAAAUACCAACUUGCUUCAUCGCGCAGUUAUGAAUAACAAUCAUAUUGUUGUAUCGGAACUCCUGAAGUGUGGCUAUCGAAAUGUGGAUGCCAAAAAUCAAAAUGGGCAAACCGCUAUGCAUCUGGCUGCAUUGUACGGUGAUGAAGCUAUGCUCAAUCUGUUACUAAACGCAGGAGUAAAUGUUAAUUGUAUGGAUACGGAUAAUAACAUGCCACUUCAUUACGCUGCCAGACAUCAGCGUGGCAGCUUUAUACAACUUUUAAUAGCUGCACAUGCCAAUGUUCAGGGUCGCAAUAUUCGAAACGGCUAUGUGCCUUUACAUGAAGCAGCAAAACACGGCAAUUUGGAAGCAGUAAAGGAAUUUAAGGAAGCUAAUCAUGAAAAGGUGGUACAAUAUCUGGAGACAUAUAAAUUGAAACCAGCAAACACAAAUAGAUCACAGUGGUAUCACGGAACUCUAAAUCGGGAAGAAGCAACGGAAGUUUUAAAAACGUUUGCAGCGAAGUUCCAAAUAGAAAAUACUACAACUGAAAACGGAAUUCAAAAUGCUAACGUCGAUGCAUCAGGUUGCUUUCUGGUUCGCUUUUCUGAGAGAAAAACUGCAGGAACUGGUUAUGUAUUAACCCUGCUAUAUGAUAAUGUUGUGAAAAAUUUCAUAAUUUCACAUCAAAAUUUUUAUACAUUGAUGACGGGCCGUUCUUACCAACAUUGGUUGAAAAGUCCCAAAAAGACCAGCAUCUUAGAAAGUAUGAGUACAUUACGAAAAAGUAAGCUGAAACAAAAAUCAAUAUCAUGUGACGACAAACCACAAGUGCCCUGCAACGAGGAAGAACUCAAACAGGCUGAAACAUUAUUGAAGGACUUGUCCUUUUCGACAGAUUUUGCAAGUUUAAAUUUAAUCAACAAUAACGGUGGUCAAAAUGAAUUGUAUAAUGUUCCCAAAAAUAAUGCAGCAGUUAAUAGUGAUACUCUCACGUCAUCUUUAGAUUCUAAGAUGAAACCUGAAUCUAAAACUGAAGAAGAAGUUGAAUAUUUUACAAAAAGUGAUGUUAUUAUUGAAAGAGAGCGAAAUCAACAAAUUCCAACCGAAAGUCUGUCGCCAAAUGCAAAUGGUUAUAUACCAACAGUAGAUAUUCGCGUCUUUGCCGAACCCUAUAUCGAUGGUGAUAGUUACAUGACUAAAGAUGAACUUGAAGCAUCUGCAGCCGAACUCAGAGAGUUUUCACAUAAUCCAGAACGAUUAGAUUCGUUAAUAUUCACAACAUCCAAUGAAAGUGAAAUGGUGCGAUAUCUAAAUCGACAAACAAGUACAGCAUCUGUAGAAACGUCCAGAGCUAGUUCAAAAGUAAAUUACUUGAUCCCACCUGAUUGUCUUAAACUUGAAUCGAUAAUCGGAGAAGGCGAAUUCGGGUCGGUUUAUCGAGGAUAUCAAAUUCAAAGAAUUGGAGGCGAUAUGAGACGUCGUGAGGUGGCCAUAAAAACAUUGCGUGACGAACACUGUCGGACAAAUAAGCAGGAGUUUUUACGAGAAGCCUCCGUAAUGAUCCGGCUUAAACAUCAUUGCAUUGUUCAGUUAAUAGGAAUAUCGAAAGGCUCCACUUUGAUGAUGGUUCAGGAGUUGGUACCAUUCGGUUCGAUGUUACAUUUCAUAUUGGACCACAAGGAGAAAAUUAAUCCUAACUAUGAACUGAAAUUGUGGGCUUCUCAAAUAGCAUGUGGCAUGCAGUAUUUGGAGAAACAUCACUUUGUUCAUCGCGAUUUAGCAGCUCGAAAUAUUUUGUUAGCAUCAAGAAAUCAAGCCAAAAUAAGUGACUUUGGACUAUCUCGAGCUUUGGGAAAUGACAACGAAUGUUAUCAAGCCAGUCAAGGUGGCAAAUGGCCCAUUAAAUGGUAUGCUCCAGAAAGUUUUAACAAUGGAAUAUUUUCACAUGCCAGCGACGUGUGGUCAUUUGGCGUCACCUUGUGGGAAAUGUUUUCCUUGGGAGAACCUCCUUACGGUGACAUACGUGGCGUGGACGCAAUUAAAUUGAUUGAGAGUGGUCAGCGUUUGCCUAAACCCCCCCUAUGUCCGGAACACAUUUAUGAAAUAAUGUUAAAUUGUUGGAAUUACAAAGCUAAAGAUCGUCCCACAUUCCGAUAUCUUACAGAAUUUUUUGCGCGUGACCCAGAUUAUCAAAACAUUUUAGAACUAGUUAAAACUGAUCACAUAAGUUGAAG